AUGUAAUAUUAAUAGCUUCACAAAUUUUCAAAUAAGUCUGUACAAUAAAUUGUAUAAGAAUUGAUGUAUGAUGAGUAUUUGGAAAGAGAUAAUAUGUUAAGAAAUGCCUUUAAUUCAUCACCAUUAAAGGCAGUUAAGAAAAAAAUAGUAUUUUCAAAGAAUAUUUACAACAAUUAUUUAUAAUAAUCACCAAGUUCGAUUACUUCGUAGAAUAAUAAUUAAUGCAAGGUUAUUGGUGUGGUAGCAAUCUAAAAAAAAAAGAAUCCAGAUGUUAUCACUAAUGUGUCAGUAAAUAAUAUUUUAAUUGUAGUCCAAAGAAUAUUAAGAAGGUCAAUAAACCAAAAGAAUUAAGAGGAUUAUCAAUAUCAGAUCAUAUGGAUAAUUAAAUUAAAGAUAAAAAUAUUUUACCAUAGAUUUAAAGGUAAUCUCAAAAGAGUUUAGUGUUCAAUGAUGAUGAUUUUGAAGGAUAUAAAUUGAAAUCUGAAGAAAUGACAUUGGAAAUAGAUGAAUAUAUGAAAAUGAAGAAAGAUAAAGAUUCUUUUUCAUUACCUAAUAUUUACUAAAGAUAUAAAUGA